UUCUUAUUACCGCGGUACGCGCAGACAUAUAACUACUCCUACUAGUCUCACGCGGGGCGUUCUCCUAUCUACGGUAUCGCCGUGCUCGACAGGAAAGAAUUACUGGAGAUCGUACAGAAAGUACUGGAAUAUUUGGAAGACAAAUAGAACUGACAGGUGGAAAAAGAAAGUGUCACCACAGCCCAACAUAAGACAAAUCACAGAAAGACGACUUAAAACUACGGACUCAAAUUCAAAAACAACAACAAAUAACAACACACCAAAAAAUGGCGGAUUCGUACAACAUCUCCGAUCUUGCCGCCAAUGAGACGGGCGCUCCUCAUCCGGGUACCCCUUUCUACGUGUUCGUGUGGGUGACGAUCCUGAACGCCGUGGUGUUUCUGGUGGGCCUGGUGGGUAACGUACUGGUGAUCGUGGUGGUGACGAAGGUGCGCGAGAUGAAGACGUCCACCAACUUCUGUCUGAUGAACCUCAGCAUCGCCGACCUGCUUGUGCUUCUCAUCUGUCAGCCGGCGGCACUCCUCGAGUUCUACGGCCAGGAGAGAUGGGUGCUGGGAGACUUCAUGUGUAAACUGGUGACGUUCUCUGAAAAUCUGGUGACCCACGCCUCCAUCACUAUCAUCGUGGCUGUUAGCUGUGGCCGAUACUACGCCGUCUGCGAUCCGCUGCGCACCUACUCCACCGGAAGUAGGUCGAAAACCAUGAUCACGAUGAUCUGCGUGUGGGUGGUGGUUAUCGCCGUGACGUCACCCUUCUUAUUCAUGGCGUCCACGCGGCAGACACUUCACCACGUCGACCAGGAAAUGGUGGACGUCUGUGAAACCCCGAUCAUCUACACCUGGCAGAAGAUCUACACAGUUUUCAUCUUUUUCGCUUUCUUCGUCAUCCCGCUCGCCAUGCUCAUGUACAUGUAUUCGGUGAUCAUCCACCACGUGCUCAGAGAGAACACGGUCGCCGGGAACGACUCCGGAAAACUCCAGGCGCACAAGUCCCGGAAGCAGCUUGUGAGCAUGCUCAUCGGAAUAAUCGUUUUGUUCUUCGUGUGCAUUCUCCCGUUUCGAAUUGUGGCGCUGUGCAUGAUAUUCACCCCCGUCAAUCUUGUCGGCUUGAUGGGGAUGGAGGCUUUCCUCAAUCUCAUCGCGUUUGCCCGCGUCCUGGUGUAUAUUAAUAGCGCUGGAAACCCGAUUAUUUAUAACAUAUAUUCACAAAAAUUCCGAAAUGCUUUCAAGAAAUGCCUUGGCCUGCGGGCGGCAUCAAACCGCGGAUACAUGAACAGAAAUGCUACCGUGACCAGCUAUACGUUCGUAAAACCGACUGCUGGAGUACAGAGCGAUUCCGUGUAGGCGCAGGACGGUUGCAGACUGAUUGCUCAAUAAAUGCUAACUUCGUCAUGGGCACAUACCAUCGUAACAGUCCAUUAUUAUGACAAGAAAAACUCAGGAGUGUCAACAGCAAUAGUGGAUCUAGCACAGCGGGUCUGGAACUGUCCUGAACGGCUGGCCUAAACGGACCCCAAGGGCGUUACCGGUGUCUUAGUUGCAAAUAUAUAUACACGGUGACGAUAUUAAACUAAAGGGUCUGCUUAUCUAAGAAAAGGCUGAAUUUCAUGAAUCCCCGAUAAAACCUACAACAACAUUCUUCAUUUAAAAAAUGAUUAAAAACCGGGAUGUUUGGACCUGGGCACAAUCUGGAUCCGUCAGAAUAUUUAAAUGAAUGCUAUAUCAUGCAACGAUAUGUACUAUCUGACGAUCUUAACAUUCGUGAAAUCUCAAUUGUAUUCGUGAACUCUCGUAAACCAAUCACCGUACAAGAUGAUCCUCAAGACAUGACAUUGUCUCCGUGGGGUGGGGUGGGGGGGACGGGGGGGGGGGGGGGGUGAGAAAUCAUUUAUAUUCCAGGCCACAUGUGAGCACACGGCAGAUAUUUCAUAAUGUGUCGUGCAUUCAGAGAAACUGUCACAGCUUACUUUGGAACAGAUCGUUUACAAAACUUACAUUUAGUCGAUUCCGGAUCGACAUUUCCGUUUAUAUGUCGAUUGUGUGGUGUAAUAUCUCCGAAUGACAGACGUGACUUCCUGUAAGCGAAACUGUUUAAGCGAGUGCGCCUCACACACCGCAGAAAGCCUGUCACCAAUCUAAUUUGGAGCCCUGCUUAGGUCGGAAGAUUAGCAAGACUAUGAAUGAAAAAGUGAUUAUCUGGCGAGUCCUGAGACCAUUAUCUCAAUCCAUCAUUAGAUAGGAUAAAGCUGGCGGCCAUUUCCGCAAUAGAUAGUUCUAAUAACGUUUGAUGACUUUCCACGUCUGUAUAACGCUACCGAGAGGUCAAAUUGUGGCGGUGCAGUUCUAAAAUGUCUCCUUUUCACACUUAGACGUUUAAUGUGAUAUUUUAAACAGAUACGUUGUCUACGAUUUCUCAGCCUCUUUACAUUCCCACGAAAACGAUAACCACUACUGUCAUGAUGCUUCUAUAUAACAGCAGGCUUCCUCUUUGCGAUCGGUUUUAGUUAUGAUUUUAAAUUUGACAUAAAUACUGAUGGAAAGAAAUAGGGGAUCACAUCAUCACAAACAGGAAAGAGUGACUGGAAUCAAAACACUCAUCCAUAGUUAACGCCACCACUAGAGCACAUUGAUUAAUUAAUCAUCGGCCACUAGAUGUCAAACGACAUCCAUAGUGUCAGGAAGUUUUGUUCAUUGUUACUGACUUUCAAUCUGACAUUAGUGUCAUUCAGUUUCACGUUAAUAUUCUUGUUCUUUAUACAUACAUUACAACGAUAAUAGUGAAUUGAAAUUCGGUCUAAACUUUGUUUUUAUUUAACCACGAGAGCAUAUUUGGUCCUCCCACUGAACACAUGUUCUCAUAUGCUGUAGAAUACGGCAUGGGUGUAAUAAAUUAUUGUCUUGUAUUGUCUUGUCUUGUCUUGUCUUGUAUUGAUUAAUUAAUCAUCAAAAAUUG